AUAACAGUAAAAUUGAAAUGCGUCGUACUACUCAUCAAUUGAUUUUCUGAUUCUGUUAAGAUCAAAGUAUGAUUAUGUAGAUCAAUCUAGCAGAAGUUGUUCUUUUUCAUCGUCCUGCUCCUUAUUAAUCAACAAUCAAAAGAAAAAAAACCAUGACGGUGUUAUCCGCGACCUCUUCCACUAUUGGUUUUGGGAUGUCAAGACUCCACUCCCAGGAUGACGACUUCGAUGACAUCGAUGACGUCUUAGCCGAGUAUAGCUCUGGUGCGAAUGUUAAGAUUUGACACACUAUCCGUAAUGUCGGAUGUCGUGGACCGACUUGGGCCACUCUGCUUGUUAGUAGCUUCUUGCUUCGGUUCCCUUAGAAAGAAAUCUUUCUUCAACGGAGUUACCUAUUCGAAGGGGGAAGAAAGCAAGGCAACUCAAUGACGGGUAGCGAUAUCAUAUUGUAGCGCUAUCUAAGAAGGAGCUGUUGGAAGCGCGGCUGAGUCAAGAGCUGACAACGGUAAACGCCUCGCUGUCCAAUGAGGAGGAUCUGAUGCUGGAAAAAUUCAGCGAGAGCAUUUAUGGGUCAAGAUUUGAUGUCGUUUAUCAAGAAGAUAUGUCGCUAGAAGUCAUACAUAGACGCGAAAUGCUAUAAAAGACGUACCAUUUUCUUGACAUGACAUGACAUGGCAACAAGCGUUCCUUACAAGAGGCAGAAAUAGACAAAAAGAAGUCUUACUGUAGUUAUAUUCCUUCGACCAUGUGUUCAUCUUUCACACUGACUUUGACGCUUCAGCAUUUUUGAUUGUCAUUUCGUAUGUUCUAAAUCUCGGGCGAUUUCCGUUCUUUGGAUGCUGAGAUAGCGAGCUGUGACAAGGCCCUUGAGCAGAUUGGUGAAGUGCUUGGUGGGUUUCAUGAAUCCUUGACCCAAGUUUCCGAGGACAUUCGACGCCUGCAGACUGAGAGCAUGAGCAUGAGCACGAACCUGAGGAAUCUUAUGCGCGGAGAUCAUUCCAGAUAGUAAUACUGAACUAGGGUUGAUGACUGACAACUGCAACGACACGUCACCUUGAAAUAAGCUGCGAGUAAUUCACACAAUAAGAACCGAGUGCUUGACAUUAUCAUCUAGGCCACUCGGUUACUUCAGUUUAUCUAGGCCAUCUCUCAGUCUUCUAACUCAGGUCGCGCUGGUGCCGGACUACUGUCGAAUUACGUGAAUGGAGUGAUUAUAUCUCAUGAGCUAGCGGCUACAAUAUGCGACGCGGAAAUUGACGAGAAUUACAUCACUCACGUGCAGGAGUUGUGCCGCAAGUUGGAAGGAAGUAGGUUAAGGCUGUAGUUUGAUCAGCUGGAUUGCUUACUUCUACUUGUACUCGGUAUUCAUUUGAUCGACUCGGAGGGCCCUAGAUGUACAUGUAGUAGAGCUCUUGGAUGUAGUGGUGCGUGGCCCCGACCCCUCUAUUGAAUCCAUGAACAUGAGUACGACAACGAAGUGAUGCGUCAACAUAGAAGCAAGGAAAGCCUCUAAGCAGAGCGGGCGCAGCUGGGAGUGUUAUGGAUGGAGACCUAGUACUGGUAAAUAAUUAGUGUCUCAAGAAGAUCUGCUUCAAACAUGAGUCUUCCAACUAUAAUGAGUUGACACUUCUGUGCUAACCCUUCCACGUCGUGCGUCCUUAUAAUAUUAACACUCACAUCAAAUAAUGUACUGGAGCUACCACCUCUAAUCUCCAAAGCCGCAGCCAGAAUUAUCUUCAGAAUCACCAGCACAGCAAUUCCGCGGCCAGCUCCGAACAAGCGCUAGAAAAGCUGAAACUAAAGGCAAUUUCGAGAGUCCAUGGCUUUCUGAUGAGCAGAAUCCAGAGUUUGCGGAAACCGAAAACCAAUCUUCAGAUUCUUCAACAGUUAAGGAUACCGCUGAUGCAUUCUCAGCGGCAUCCCUGACCCUUUUUCCACUUGAAAAAGAAACCAGGGAUGCUCUCAGGGAUGCGAACGCGGUAGCUCUAAAACAGAACGUUUUGCUGAAGUUCAAGCAUUUAAUUAAGGCUUACCGUAAUUCAUCUCAAGCAUCAUCUUCUUGGGUCGCCUUUUCUUCAAGGGAAUGAAAACACGUCAAGGAUGCUCGUCAAGAUUGAUAUUAGUAAGCUCUAACUGAAACAGUUUUCUGUCGGAACAUGCGGCGACGGAGGUGUCCCACGAAGUUGAACAAAGCUACACGCAGACAAUGUCCAAAGUGUAUUUACGGAAAAGCUACAGGAGGAACAGGAGUUCUUCCGCUUUUUUUCUAUCCUGAUCUACCCAUAUUUAUCAACUAUCAUUCCGUGCUUGAUGUCCACGCUCAUCCCCUAACAUCAACGGAGACAACUCCAUUAUCAUCCAAAUCACGCCAGAAGACUCUUCACUAUCUCCAUCCGCGCCAUCGUUCUAAUAAUCCUGCAACAGUUUAGAACAUACCUGCUCUCGUUGUCCAAGCUGCAGUUGGAAUGCUCACCUACAAGUGCGGACUUGCUCUGCCGCGCUGCCAGCAAUUCUAUCGCAUUAUGAAGUAAUUGGGGUUCUUGUGGUUGUGAUGUAUUUAAUAGGACUCACCUCCCCGCUAACCCUCUCCUUAUCUAAAGACGUGGCCGUCCUUUGCCGGUGCCUAGUCUAUCUAGAAGGACUUCCAGAGUCUGUCUCUACGGCCGUCAGGAAAGUUGAUAACAGGGACGCAUGCAUGCAUAAGCGCGCCCUUUGGGUACUUAUUAGAUACUGCACUUCGUAGGACUUGUUGAGGUCUACGAAGAGCUCACUCGGACUUGUUGAAGAGUGCACUCCUCUCUAGCAUUGUUUAGGGAGCCACUCCUUCGUCCAAGAAUAACAUGAAGAAUAAUUAGAAGGGGAAGAUAGCAAUUAAUUAUACCCCACGAUUGGGCAGCACACUACUUCUACCACUACUACAAAAUCAGAUGCAUGUCCGUCGCCUGUCUAUCUUACUCUUCCGGUUAUUCAUUUCCCCAACUAUCUGUCUUGUUCAUUCAUAUCGUCAGGCGGUUCUGCCUCCUCUAGUGGUGCGAUUAGCGCAUCUAUUGGAGCCGACGCCCUCGCAGCAUACCUUGGAGUUGAAAAGUUUAUGCAAAAACGGAAUGAGUCUAUCCUAAUUAAAAGUCUUUGCUACCUCUCGAUUGGGUACACUACUACUACUAUUCUUCUCUCCUCACACGGUCAGUGUCACUAUAGCAGACUUCAGUGUUGCUCCUCACUAGGAAGACGUAUUGAGGAUGACGUCAAGCUUUGAUGAUGCAGACGCACCGUCGCACCAACAUUGCACUCUAGACUUAUCUUCAUCCAGGUACUUAAACUUAUCUCUUCUAAGACUCAUUUCGGCAACAAGAUUAGUGAGAAGGGCAACGUUUUUGCCCUUUCAGCGGCCAGAAGGUCGGCGUUAGAUGACGUCGACAAAGACCCGAUCGUCGCACACUUGAAGAGCGAUCAUAAUUACGGCUCCUUUGAGCGAUAAAUGAUAAUGAAGCCUAAAAAUGUUCCUAGAUGAAGAUGAGUCCUCCCACAGUCCUCAUGCCCUAGAAAGCUAAAUCUUCUCUACCCCGGGAGUGUGUACAUUCAUAACAAGUAUUCGUUCUCAAAUGGGAGUAGCAGGCUACAGUCUCUGCCAACCCGUCUUGCUGCCACAGGGGGGUCAAAGCUAAAGCGGCCAAAGCUAAAGCUUCUCCUGCUUCUAAAAAAAGUUUUACGCCGAAGCCCUCUUUCGAAGCCAUCAACGCCUGUUGAUUGAUACAGCAAGUUCCGAGUUUCAUUUCCUAGCCGAGUUUUUUCUCUCCGAAGGCAAAGGGAAGCGCAUUUUUCAGGUACAACUUUUUUAAGAUGAUGAUAAGAAAGACAUAGCUUGUCAAGAAGCACUUUCAGAAUUUGUCUCUACGGUCACCAGGAAAGUAGGCAACAGGGACGGACGCACGCACAUCAUCAAUACCGUGCACUUCGUCCAACAUUGAUUUACAUGUGUCUGAUAUUUACUCUGCAAUUCAGUUUUUAUUGAACACCUACUUCGAAUGCCGUAUAACGACAGGACGUUUUCGACCGAACUCUCGCCUUUUUUCGCGAGCAGUUGGGUGAUUACAUCGAAUCUUGCUGGGACAGUGUGGGCUUAUUGUUAUGGUCGUUGUGCUUGAUGUUGCGCUCGCGUUCGUGAUGUACAAUGAUAAAAUCGAAUAAGAGCACCUAAGACUUAUAGCACGCAGUUUAUAGCACGCAUGUUGCAUGGAGUGCAUGGAGCGCAGAUCUCUAAGGGACGCAAGAAGCGCCCCCUUUAGCUCCAUGCAGCUCCAUGCGAUCCAUGCACUCCAUGCCGUGCGAGCUGGCAAACCUUAUAAAUUACUCGGUAAGGGACUCGGUAAAUAAGCCAUCAUGUACAGUACGUGUCUCAAACGGAAGAACCAAAAGGAAGCCUUGUUGUAUCUCGUGCGCCUUCGUUGGGGGUUUUUUCUCGGAAACCAAAAGGAAACCUUUCCUGGGGUUGUAUCUCUUGCGCCAUAUUUUCCAAGGAAGAUGGUCCACACUUGUGGAAGUACUAUGCUGUUCAAUCCUAGCACUCUAACCUCGAUGACGAUCCGCGUUGUGGAAUACUACAAGGACAAAAUGGCAUCGGGACGAAACUUGAACAUCCUAGAUUUAAGGCUUACCCUAAUCCAUCUUCCGAGGGAUCCUGGCCAGGCUUCUGAAGCAGAAAAGAGGCCUAGGAUGUGUUUCAAGAUGGAUUCGGGAGAGCUCGAAUAGAUGCAUAUUUCGACCAAUUGCUACUGGACCUUUGGCCACGAUUUUAUGGAACUACAAGCCUAUUGAUGAAGUAGACUUCAAUUUUGACCACGUUGUAGAUCUUCUCCUUCCGGAAAACGAAACUCGUUCCUUCAACCAGCACGACCAGCAACUCCAUUUAUAUAGAUACGUGGUCUUCUUCUAACACUGAAAGGUAGUGGUCCUUAGUCACAAACCAAACACUCAGGAGUCCACUUCCUCUAACACGCAAAGCUAGUCCUUAGUCGCAAUGCGAUGUCCUUGAAGGACUUGCACAUCGAGAAUCCGGCAGAACAGCCAUCGAACGCUACGCAUCCACAUUUUGUCACCCGCCGUUUCGCAGAGCUCACAGCUAGUCUCACGCAAUUGCAAGCGCCGCUUAACGCAAAGGACAGGCCGGAUCAGGUACUUAUAUAUUGUGGAUUUUUACGCAUAAGAUGAUGUAGUUGUAAAUGAUUUGUUGACCAAUUAUGUUGUAGGUGUAGAUUUGAUUUGCUGUUGACCUGAGAAUUAUGGCGUUUUGAGAUUCAUCAGAUUUCGGAGGAGAUUGAAGCCUAGCUCUAGAACGACUCCUUCUCGAAUAAUUACGCAACUGACCUUGAAUCCUCUUCUGAAGAAGUUCACCUUGAAUCCUCCUCCUGCACUUCAGGUCCUCGCCGAAAGCUUACGGGAACUACGCGAAAAAUUUGUUUCGCAAUUGCGCUCGGUGAGCGGAAAUCUACUAAGGAAUAUGCAGCCUCGUGACGCACCGCUUGUUUUUCUCAUUAACAACUACGAUCUUAUCCUGACCAUCUUCUAUGAAAGACAGCUGGACCAAGGUACCUGCGGACACUUCGAGAACCUGCUUUAAGACUGAAGACUGAAGUUUCAUUAGAGAGGAAAUUAUCCAGGAUCAACGAACAACAUAUGAAUUUUUUUUUUUUUGGAAAGCUAAACUUCUUCGAAAGGGGUUGUUGGAAAGAAACAAGAGUGAAGAAUGGUGGUGAGGUUCAAGGUUCAAGGCUGCGAAAAAAAUAUUGAUAGAACCCUAAUAAUCAUACAUCCGUCCAUCCCUUCAUUCUCGUCCUUGGUGAUUUACUACACAUGAUCACUGUUUAUCACUCUAUCCUUUCUUCUACUACCUUACACGCGUUAGCAAUCGCUUGUGGAUUAUACUAUAGUAGAAGUAGCUAGGUGCGUCACGACCUUGAAGGAGCAGGUAGGCAUUUUAGGGAAGUAUGGACUUCCUCCAUGUAGGAUCUAACUCUCACGCUCGGAAGUUUCGCAAUUUAUCGAAGCACAAUUUCUACACUACUAUCCGGACAUGAUUGCGUUCGUACAGGCAAACGAAACAAAAGCACAAGAGUCCGGACAGGAGGUAUUGAUUCUAGUUCUAUCGACGAAUGUAGUCGGGGUACUAAAACAGAUAGUAUAGUUUCAAAUUGUUCAGGUCACGUAUACAUCCUCAGAGUCGAGCCAGGUGCCGGGGGGCUUCGAUGUGCAGGAUUCACAACCUAACCUAACCCAAACCGCAAUCAUGAUUUUCCUAGCAAAGCAAUCUACCCUUCAAACUCAGCCGCGCGCUAACGAAGCAACAAGCACUAGCACCUCUUCACCGGACGCUGGCGCUGUGAGUGCACCUCCAGUAGACCGAGCCCACGUCGAGCGCAUAACAAAGCAUUUUGCUGCGUCUUGGAAGCAGAACAUGGAGGAAUUGCAGAGCUUCAUAAUGAGUUGUUUCGUCAAUUUCAACAACGGAAUGGAGAUCCUGAAGCAAUGCUUGACGCAGUUGCUACUAUAUUUAAGGGUUUCCACAUUGCAUCCUGCACAACCAUUCUGGACGUGUUUCCCAAUAGGAAAUAAGUCCGGGAGGUUCUUAAGAAUGCAAUAGCGCAACCACGAAUACAUUACACCAGAUAUCAGAAGUGUCUCCAAAAGUUAAACCUCUUGAAACCGUUCCAAGAUCAGAUCGUGUCCAACGCCGCGAUCCUUCAAGAAAUCAAAACCUUUUCGAGGGGGUUUUGAUGGAGAAAAGGGAUGAUCCUUCAAGAACAAGCUCUGAAUUCUGCUACAACAGGUGGAGGUGCAUAGAUUCAAAUCUCCUUGACUGGAAUCGCAUUACCUGAUCAGAAAAAGGAAACUUGUUGCUCGAUUCCAAGAGAAUUCAUCUGCUAAAGCUAAUGGUCGUAGUUCUUCUUACGGUGGUAGAUGCCAGUAUGCAGCUAGUCCAAGAACUUCUAGUUCGUUGUAGAGCCUCUACAGGAGUGGGAAGAGGAAUGAC